AUGACCCCACAUAAGGUUGAUUUACCACCACCUGCGCGAAGACUUGUACUUUUUGUUGGUGACGGUUUAAGAGCGGAUAAAUUAUAUCAAUUGUAUCAACAUGAGAAUAAUAGCGGUAUAUAUACAAGGGCUACUUUUCUAAGGGAUAUAAUUCUUAAUCAUGGAACAUGGGGAGUUUCUCACACGAGAGUGCCAACAGAAUCAAGGCCGGGUCAUGUUGCAAUAAUUGCGGGAUUUUAUGAGGAUGUUAGUGCUGUUACAAAAGGUUGGAAAAUGAAUCCUGUAGAGUUUGAUUCAGUAUUUAAUCAAAGCAAACAUACAUGGUCAUUCGGAUCACCAGAUAUAUUACCUAUGUUUGCUGAGGGCGCCUCAGAUUCAGAAAGGGUUGACACUUUUAUGUAUGGCCAUGAAAGCGAAAAUUUUGCGGAAGAUGCUACUGAAUUGGACACAUGGGUAUUCAAUAAAUUCGCCCAACUUCUUUCAAAUGCUACAUCUAAUAUUAAACUUUAUCAACAACUUCAUGAUGAUAAAAUCGUUGUUUUUUUGCAUUUGCUUGGAUUGGAUACAAAUGGUCAUGCUUAUGGACCUCAUUCUAAAGAGUAUUUGGAUAAUAUUAAAGUAGUUGAUGAUGGAAUUUACAAUACCAUACAAUUAAUUGAUGAAUUUUAUGAAAAUGAUGGGAAAACUGCUUAUAUUUUUACUUCUGACCAUGGAAUGAGCAACAGAGGUAAUCAUGGUGAUGGACAUCCUGAUAACACACGCACUCCAAUAGUGGCAUGGGGUGCGGGUAUAAAUAAACCCAACAAAGCACAUCCAACUGGCCAUGAUGAAUUUUCGGUGGAUUGGCAACUGAAUAAUAUUCAACGUAAUGAUAUACUUCAAGCUGAUAUUGCUCCUUUAAUGGCAUCUUUAAUAGGGAUCAAUUAUCCUGUGAAUUCAGUUGGUGAAUUACCUUUAAAAUAUCUUAAUAAUACACUAUUGUUUAAAGCUCAAAGUGUUUUCGUAAAUGCUAAAGAAAUUUUGGAACAAUACCAAGUUAAAUACGAAUCAAAGAAACAGACAAAAUUAAUGUUCAGGCCAUUUACUCCUUUAAAUAAUUCUACACAUUCUCCCGAGGCGUUUAUCAACGAUAUUCGGCAUCUAAUCGAUAUCGAAAAAUAUGCAGAAGCAGAGGCUUUAUGUAAGAUAUUAAUUAGUCUCUGUUUGGAAGGAUUGAGAUAUUUCCAAACGUAUGACUGGUUCAUGCUAAGGUCCAUAGUUACUUCUGGAUACAUAGGAUGGAUUAUUUAUAGCUUGAAAUUUACGCUUAAAGAGUAUGUGCUUAAUAGUAAUGCACAAUCCAUUGUAGCAGUAGAAAAAGGCGAGGAUAUUACAUUAGUGGUUCUUGGUGGAUUAUUGAUUGUUGUUACUGGAUGUAUUUCUCUUUGGUGCAACUCUAACUUUUCAGUUGGAUCCCAUAUCAACGGAAGAAAUAUGACCAUAUUUCAGGUUGGGUUGAUUGUAUUAAGUAUAAUAGUUGUAUAUGAUACAACUAAUAAAUUAAAAGAUAAAGCCGGAUUACCUUUUUUAAAUCAAAUUAUUGCGUGGAUAAUUCUAGUAAUUUCAACAGCAACACCAUUCGUUUAUGGACUUGGAAAGCAGCAUUAUUUUCAACGUUUGACCACUAUAACACUUGCAUUUGCUCCGCUAUUCGUAUUACUAAGUAUCUCAUAUGAAGUAUUAUUUUACUAUUUCUUAACAAUAACUUUAAUGAUAUGGCAUCAAAUUGAACAUUUAUUAUUUAUUAGUUCACAUCCUAAAUCAACCUUAUCACAUAAAGUACAAACACGUAAAUUAGAAAUUGAAGAUAUUCGAAUAGCAUUAAUAUUCUUAUUUUUUAUUAACGUAGCAUUUUUUGGUACAGGAAAUAUUGCGAGUUUAAGUAGUUUUUCAUUGCAAAGUGUAUACAGACUAACUACUAUUUUUGAUCCAUUUUUAAUGGGUGCUUUAUUAAUAUUUAAAAUCUUAAUUCCGUUCUUUAUAGUUUCUUCAGUAUUCGGAAUUAUUAACAAAUCGUUAAAUUUAUCACCAUUCAGUUUAUUUUUAUUAGUUCUUUCGACAUCAGAUAUUAUGACUUUGAAUUUUUUUUAUUUGGUUAGAGAUUAUGGAAGUUGGUUGGAAAUUGGAACUACUAUAAGUCAUUUUGUUAUUAGACGCAGAUGA